ACGCAACGAUGAUUAUUUUCUACAAACCACAAAGACAUUGGAACAUUAUACUUUAUCUUCGGGGCUUGAGCUGGAAUAGUAGGUACCGCUCUUAGACUUAUUAUCCGAGCUGAAUUAGGUCAACCUGGGAGCCUCAUUGGGGAUGAUCAAAUUUAUAACGUAGUUGUCACAGCUCACGCUUUUGUAAUAAUUUUUUUUAUAGUUAUACCAAUUAUAAUUGGAGGAUUUGGUAAUUGACUAGUACCUUUAAUGUUAGGUGCCCCAGAUAUAGCCUUCCCUCGGAUGAAUAAUAUAAGCUUCUGGUUAUUACCUCCUUCUCUCACAUUGCUUUUAUCAAGAGGAAUGGUUGAAAGAGGUGUCGGAACCGGAUGAACGGUAUACCCUCCUUUAUCUGCCAGUAUUGCUCACGCUGGAGCUUCAGUAGAUCUUGGAAUUUUCUCUCUUCACUUAGCUGGAGUAUCUUCUAUUCUGGGAGCAGUAAACUUUAUAACAACUGUAAUCAAUAUACGAUCUACAGGAAUAACUAUAGACCGUAUACCUCUAUUUGUAUGAGCAGUAUUUAUCACUGCUUUAUUACUACUUUUAUCAUUACCAGUCUUAGCAGGAGCUAUUACUAUACUUUUAACAGACCGUAAUCUUAACACAUCAUUCUUCGACCCAGCAGGAGGAGGAGACCCAGUUUUAUAUCAACAUUUAUUCUGAUUCUUCGGUCACCCAGAAGUAUAUAUUUUAAUUUUACCUGCUUUUGGUAUAAUUUCCCAUAUUAUUAGUCAAGAAUCUGGUAAAAAAGAAGCAUUCGGAACACUCGGGAUAAUCUAUGCUAUACUUGCUAUUGGUGUCCUAGGAUUCGUAGUAUGAGCACACCAUAUAUUUACAGUAGGUAUGGAUGUUGAUACUCGUGCUUAUUUUACAUCUGCAACAAUGAUUAUUGCCGUUCCUACAGGUAUUAAAAUUUUCAGUUGACUAGGUACUCUUCAUGGUACUCAACUUAACUAUAGUCCUUCUCUAAUUUGAGCGCUAGGAUUUGUAUUUCUAUUUACUGUGGGUGGUUUAACCGGUGUUGUACUAGCUAAUUCUUCAAUUGACAUUAUUUUACAUGAUACAUACUACGUAGUAGCACAUUUCCACUAUGUUCUUUCAAUAGGAGCUGUAUUUGGUAUUUUUGCAGGUAUUGCCCACUGAUUCCCUUUAUUUACGGGGCUUACCUUAAACCCUAAGUGAUUAAAAAUUCACUUUCUUGUUAUAUUCAUUGGAGUAAAUAUUACAUUCUUCCCCCAACAUUUCUUAGGUCUUAAUGGAAUACCUCGACGAUACUCAGACUACCCAGAUGCUUAUUCAGCAUGAAAUGUUGUAUCUUCCAUUGGAUCAACGGUAUCCCUGAUUGCCGUGUUAGGCUUUGUUAUAAUCGUCUGAGAAGCAUUAACUGCUGCUCGGCCUGUAGUUUUUUCACUAUUCUUACCAACUUCAAUCGAAUGACAGCAUAACCUUCCACCAGCAGAUCAUAGUUAUAUAGAAAUUCCCUUAAUCACUAAUU